AUGUGUGGGAAAAGAAGCUAUCUCAGCUCCUGUAGGUGUAGAAGACCAUCUAUCUCACGCUCUACAAGAGCAGAGCUGCAGUUUUCUGUGAGUCGAGUGGAUCGUCUCCUGAGGGAAGGAAACAAUGUCCAGCGUCUGAGUUGGUGCACACCUAUAUUUCUUGCUGGCAUUCUUGAGUACGUGGCAGCUAACAUUCUGGAGCUGGCGGGGAAGGAGGCCCAAAACAACCAAAGGAUACGCAUCACCCCAGAACACGUGAGAAAGGCAGUGGACAGCAACCCAGAGCUCAGCCAUCUCUUUGAUGAUGACAACAAUGAUGGAGUUGAUGAGAGGCCUCAGUGA